UCUGCGUCGUGUACAGCGGACAUCAGCCGGAAAAACCGCGACUUGGAGUGGUUGCAUUCUUUGUGUUGUGUCAGGCUAUUGUUUUGUGCGAUUGAUGGUCUGCCACGUGGUGAAUACGCGGCACUAGUCAUGGAGGACUACACACAAUUGAACAGGCGACUUUCGCUAUCCUAGUAUUUAAUUUGGGAUCGACCAGGCACGGGAAGGCCGAAGGAUUACGGCAGCUUCUCGGACGGCCGCCGAGAUGCCGUCGUCGUCGUCGCUCAAGAACACCAUCAACCUGGGGAACAGCAUCAUCGGUGUCAGCAUCCUGGCAAUGCCGUACUGCUUCGCAAAAUGUGGCAUAGUCCUCAGCACACUGCUGCUGCUGAUCAGCGGAGUCCUCACCAGGCUCACGUGCCACCUCCUACUCAAGGCCGCGGUCACAGCACGCCGUAGAAACUAUGAACUUCUAGCCUUUCAUACGUACGGACCGACUGGCAAGCUGGUCGUGGAGAUUGGAAUCCUGGGCUUUCUGCUGGGCAGCUGCGUGGCCUUCUUCGUGGUCGUGGGCGACCUGGCCCCUCCCCUCGCCUCCGACUUCUUCCUAGUGGAGGCGUCCCCCCGAGUGCGCACGACGUUGCUGUUGCUGCUGGGCACCUGCGUGGGGCUGCCCCUGGGGCUGCUGAGGAACCUGGACAGCCUCACCAGCUUCAGCGCCAUGUCCCUCGUCUUCUACGCACUGCUAGUCCUCAAGAUCUUUGGCGAGGCGUUUCCCGUGCUCUGGUCGAUGACGUGGUGGGACAAGGUGGUCCUCUGGCGCCACGAGAACCUCCUCUCGGUCCUGCCCAUUUUCGCCAUGGCCCUGUCCUGCCAACCGCAGUUGUUUGAGAUUUUCGACACGCUCAACGAGCCGUCGCUGAUGCGCAUGAACAGGGUCGUCAACGGGGCAGUCCAGAUGUGCUCCAUCGUCUACAUCAUGAUGGGGUUCUUUGGGUACGUGGCCUUCUGCGGCGGGGGCCCCAUCCCGGGAAACAUCCUGGUGCGGGUGGGCACCUCGUUGGCCUCGGAGGCGGUCAAGCUGGGCUUUGUGGCCACCCUGGUGGUCAGCUUUCCCCUCUGCCUCUUCCCCUGCCGCACCAGCCUCCACUCUCUGCUCUUCAAGAGGGUAGACAGUAAUACGGGGAUGGCCGUCCGGUCAACCAAUGACCCCGAACUCGAUUCCGACGCCUCCACGGUGGCCGAGCAGGGCAGCAAGUUCCACGACCCGGCGUACGACUACAUCCCGGACAGCCAGUUCCGGGCGCUGACGGUUCUGCUGGUGGGCACGACGCUGGCCACGGCGGUGCUGGUGCCGGACAUCGAGGUGGUGCUGGGCCUGACGGGCUCCACCAUAGGCACCCUCAUCUGCAUCAUCAUGCCGGGCAUGAUCUUCACCCGGGUCAUCGCCAAGAGCACCAACGAGCACCUCCUCGGAAAGGCCCUGUCGUGGGCCGGCCUCUUCAUCAUGGUCGGCUGCACGGUGACCACGCUGCACAACAUGAGCACAGCCUCCUCGGGCCUCCCGGCCAAGUACCUGCCGCCGAGCCCCGCCGCCAUCGUCGUGUCCAAGCCGGCCCUGGUCGUUCCUGUUGCCAGCCCAGACCCCCCCAAGGUCACUCCCAAGGUCAAGAAGCCCCCUCCCCCAGAGGUGAAGCCGGCACCCGUGGUCACUGCGAUAGUGCCAAAGGUGCCACCCGAAGCGCAGAGGCGGAUCGAGCCACCCGAACCGCAGGAGCCGCAAAAUAAUGUCGCCGUGAAAGCUGUGACACCUCCCGUCAUCAAGGAGCCCGUCGUCAAAGAGGACCGCGGCUUGGACCCCGAGGCUCUGAGGAAGGAAGACCGCGAGAUAGAAGACACCAAGCGCAAGAAAACCGUAGUCGAUGCGCAGCCACCAAAAGAGCCAGAAGCCAAGAAGCAAGAGCAGCUCCUGGAGAAGAUCGCUGAAGAGCAGAAGGCCCAGAAGAAGAUCCUAGAAGACCUGCAACGUGAACUCAAGCAAGAAAUCGCAAAACACAAGGACUCGGACUCCGAGAAGGCCAACAAGACUGCUCCCAAGCCAGAUUUGGCGGACGUUCAAAGGCCUGAAGUGCCUUUGAAGCAGACAGAAGCGAGUGCGCAAGGUUCGAAUCUUCAGCAGCAUGUCCAGAAGGACAGUUUAGGACCACAGGCUGUCCUGGCCCCGGUUCAGCAAAAUGCUAAUCAACAGCCAGUGAGACAGGAGCGUCCGGUUCAGCAGAAUGCUGUUCGGGAACCGGUGAGACAGGACGUUCGGCCUCCGGUUCAGCCCUUAGUGAAACAGCCGCCGCAGCAAAAUGCCCCACGUCUUAUCCAGCAGAAUGUCGAACAGUUAAAACAACAGCAAGCCUUACCUGCCCAGCAGAAGGAUGUGCGUCCCGUCGUUGAGGAAAUCAAGCCACGAGGCAUUGACUCAGCUCGGCAACCAUACAACGUAUUUAAGCCACAGGAGCCAGUCGCAGAUAAAGUUAUCCUCUCGAAUGUUAAUCUCCCUAAGAAUCGGGGGGACAUUGAAGAACCAGUUGCAAAGAAGGUGCCACUUGCUGGUCCCGCGGUGGAAAUACCCAAGGUUGCGGAGAAACUUCAGCAAAAGUUGCAGAAGCCCAGCAUUCCCAUUCAGCCAUUGCAGGCGGCGCAAAAGUCGCCCCAGGACGGAUUGCCUCAGGCGGCCGUAGCAGACGACAGACCGCUGGCGGAGAAGAUGUCAAUGGACGUCAAGAGAGACGCACCGCCGAUCUCCGUUCCCCUGAUUCCCGCCGCCGCCGCCGUUGGGGAAGGCGCAGCCAAAUUGCAGCCGAAAGGCCAAUCCGAAGCUGCGGACGGAGCGGUCGCUCCACAAGCGGUCGUGGACCAAAGAAAAGCGGACGUCGUGGCCGACCUGUCCAAGAGUGCCGCCAAUCCGCAGAUUGUUCCAGAGGGUCUUCCGAGUCAAGUGCACAUGGAGGCGGCACUAGCUAAAAACGAGAUUAGGAAAUGAUCCAACUUUGAUGUAUAGGAAGUACGGGAGGGAGGGAAAACGAGGUAGGUUGGCCACAGGGAGCAACAAUUUUGAAUUUCUGAUACACUCAAUGCUGUGCAUUGUCCACGUUUUGUACUUUUUAAAAAAAGUGUAAUAUAUGGCACGUCUAUUCUCAUACAUGUUGUAAUAAACUGUUAAUAUUGUGCUGCGUUA